GGCAUAAUGAUAGAAUCUGGCUUCUCUUUAGUUUGACUCAAGCCUCUUGGAUCUCCAAUUCCUACAUUCAUUCACUUGAGAAUGGCUGUCCCCAACCCAGAAGAACUAAGAAAACUCCAGGAGAGUUUCCGGAAAAAGAAACAAACCUGUUUCAUCUUGGGGGCCUCUGGUGAAACUGGAAAAGAUCUUCUAGCAGAGAUGUUGAGGCAACAACUGUUCUCCCGGGUGACACUUAUUGGUCGAAGGAAGCUUGAUUUGGAAGGACCACUUUACACCAAUGUGUGUCAAGAAGUUGUUGACUUUGAAAAACUGGAUGAAUCUGCUGCUGUCUUCCAAGGCCAUGAUGUGGGCUUCUGCUGCCUGGGGACAACCAGGGCCAAAUCUGGAGCAGCUGGACUCAUCCGUGUUGACCGUGACUACGUGGUCCACUCAGCAAACCUUGCCAAAGCUGGUGGUUGUCGCCAUUUCAUCCUAGAAUCAGGUGCCUGUGCCGAUAAAACAAGCAUCCUCUUAAUCCGUCGAGUUAAGGGUGAAGCUGAAGCUGGGGUGACAGCAGCUGGGUUUGACCAUUGCACUAUAUUUCGUCCUGCGUUGCUGCUGUGUGAUCGUCAAGAAUCACGGCCUCUUGAGUGGUUGGCCAGGAAAGUCGUAGUCCAUGUCUUUCCCAAAGUCUUUUCUGUCCCCACAGUGACAGUGGCCCGGGCAAUGUUGAACAGUGUAGUGAUACCAGGAAAGGAUGGGCAGAAGGUGGAGGUUUUGGACAAUGCAACGAUACAUGUCCUUGGAGAAAUAGAAUAGUCCAGAGCUUUGCUUCCUAGAUGACACAUUGGUGAAGGAUGCCUCAUUUUUUUCAAAGCCUUUGUGUUUCCUAUUGUUCCCAUCCCCAGAAGAUAUGCUUCCUCAGUCAGUAUAGUCAUGGCUGUUAUGUUGAAGCUAGUCUGCCAUACCACCAGGGU